AUGGCUAUUAUUGAUGAUGAGCUUAUUGAUAAAAUGACUUUUUGGGAUCAUGAUUAUAGUAAAUCAAAGUUCACUUUCAUUGAUUUAAUUAAAGGUAUAGUUCCUUGUGAAUUUUGGGGCUUUUGCAUUGAUAGAUGUUCAAAACAAAAAGAAAAAGAGAAAAGAUUAAAAAUUAGUAAUCUUAAAAAAGUUAAAGAAAAUUAUAACAAAAAUGAAUAUAUAAAUCCUAAUAGGAAAAUUAAUGUUUUUAACCUUUAUAGUGAUUUAAAAAGUUUAUGGGAGGAUAGCAGUUGA